CUCCCGGUCUCUCCCGGUCUCUCUUUCCCUCCUCUUCUGUCUGCCACUAGCCUACCUGAGGGGGAAGCGCACAAAGCCAACAAGAAAAUCUGGCGUGUCGGCUGGGCCCUGCGCGCUAUGCUGCGGUAAACAGAAGAAGGAGAAGAAGCAGAGAAAGAAACGAGGGGCCGCCGCUCGCGGUGUUUUGCGGGGGAUGUUAGAGAGGGACGGAGGCGCCGCUCUCCCCGACCGGACCGCUCCGUGCGUCUGCUCCGCUGCGGCCGGCCCGCUGCGUCGCUGAGCGGCCCGCCGAAGCCCACAAGAUGUCGACCAGAACGCCAUUGCCAACGGUGAACGAGCGUGACACCGAGAAUCACUCUUCGGUGGACGGCUUUGUUGAACCGCCGGUUCCCCCGACGAAAUCUGCGAGUCGCCACAGCCUGCCGCGAUGCCGCAACUCUUUCACCUCCACAGAGGAGCACCCCCAUGUUGGCAAUUAUCGCCUCCUAAAGACAAUUGGGAAGGGGAAUUUUGCCAAGGUGAAGCUGGCACGACAUGUCCUGACUGGACGGGAGGUGGCGGUGAAGAUUAUAGACAAAACCCAGCUAAAUCCCACCAGUUUACAAAAGCUCUUGAGGGAAGUCCGAAUAAUGAAGGUGCUGAAUCAUCCAAAUAUUGUGAAAUUGUUUGAGGUGAUUGAGACGGAGAAGACGCUUUAUUUGGUGAUGGAGUAUGCGAGUGGCGGAGAAGUAUUUGACUAUCUAGUUGCUCACGGCAGAAUGAAGGAGAAGGAGGCCAGGGCCAAGUUCAGACAGAUUGUGUCUGCAGUGCAGUAUUGUCACCAGAGGAGAAUAGUACACAGGGAUCUAAAGGCAGAGAACCUUUUGCUGGACGCUGACAUGAACAUCAAGAUUGCCGACUUUGGCUUCAGCAACGAGUUCACUGUGGGCAGUAAGCUGGACACUUUCUGUGGCUCCCCGCCGUACGCCGCUCCAGAGCUCUUCCAGGGAAAGAAGUACGAUGGACCAGAGGUGGACGUGUGGAGCCUCGGGGUCAUCCUCUACACGCUGGUCAGCGGAUCACUGCCCUUCGAUGGACAGAAUCUAAAGGAGCUGAGGGAGAGGGUCCUGCGGGGAAAGUACCGUAUUCCUUUCUACAUGUCCACCGACUGUGAAAACCUGCUGAAGAAACUGCUCGUGCUCAACCCUGUCAAACGAGGCAGUUUGGAGCAAAUAAUGAAAGACCAUUGGAUGAAUGUGGGUCACGAGGAGGAGGAGCUAAAACCUCACAUCGAGCCGGAGGCGGACUUCAGCGAUUUAUCCAGAAUAGAGCUCAUGGUGACGAUGGGCUUCCCCAAUGACGAGAUCUCAGAGUCUCUACAGGGCCAGAAGUUUGAUGAGGUCAUGGCCACCUAUCUGCUGCUGGGCAGAAAAGCUCCGGAGUUUGAGGGGAGCGAACCGAUCACUAACAGCGUCCUGGGUCAGCGACAGCGGCCGACCAGCGACAUCAACAACAGCUCCAGCAUUUCUCCUGCUCAUCCCAAGGUCACACGCAGCAUCUCGGCCAAUCAGAAGCAGCGCCGCUUCAGUGAUCAUGGUGGGGAUGAUGAGGGUGGUGGUGGUGGUGUCGUAGAGAAGCCAAUUGGUCCAUCUGUUCCCCCGGCAGCAUCGUACACGAAGCGCGGCCAGGCCUUGAGUGUGGAGAGCGACCACAGGGAGGAGUGGGACGGAGCGCGCCGGCUGGAGCUCAGCACGUCAAAAGGAGACGUUCCCGCCUCGCCACUGGGGGUGCAGGAGAGGAAGAAAACUACAAGUGCUGUAGGGACCAAUGGAUCCAUGACCCGCAGGAACACGUACGUGUGUGAACGUUCCUCUACUGACCGCUAUUCAGCUAUUCCCAAUGGCAAGGACAGCAGUUUGACCGAGGUGUCGGGGAGCACCUCGUCGACUGCUAUGAGCUCUACACGUCCUCGCCACACCAAGUCCAUGUCAUCGACGGGGCAUCCUUCAAAGAGCACGCUGCCCCCCAUCGACGACAACACAGAGCUGAAAGCCAGCUCCUCUCCGCGGGGUCCCUCCGCCUCUCCGUCAGCACACAGUAUUAGCACCCCGGAGAAGAACCGCUUCCCCCGUGGUACCACCAGCCGCAGCACCUUUCACGGAGCUCAGCUCAGAGACCGGCGCAGCGCCACUUACAACGGCCCCCCGGCUUCGCCCACGUUGUCCCACGAUACGGGGGCUCUCGCUCAGCAACGCAGGGGCACUUCCACCGGGAUCAUCAGCAAGAUCACGUCGAAGUUUGUCCGCAGGGUGCCUAGCGAGGGAGAGGCCAGCGCCAGGACAGAAACGCCGAGAAGUGCGUCAGGCGACACCAAGGAGGACGGCUGUCGAGACUCCAAGCCCCGCUCGCUCCGUUUCACCUGGAGCAUGAAGACCACCUCCUCCAUGGAGCCGGCCGAGAUGAUGAGGGAGAUCCGAAAGGUUCUCGACGCCAACAGCUGCGACUACGAGCAGCGCGAACGCUUUCUGCUUUUCUGCGUCCACGGCGACGCCCGCCAGGACAACCUGGUCCAGUGGGAGAUGGAGGUGUGCAAGCUGCCCCGGCUUUCCCUCAACGGCGUGCGCUUCAAGAGGAUAUCGGGCACGUCCAUCGCCUUUAAGAAUAUCGCCUGCAAAAUUGCCAACGAGCUCAAACUGUGACGGCAGAUGGAGUCCCAGUCAGUCUUUGGUGAGCGCUGGUUACGGUCUAUUCUCAUCACUGGAUUAGUGUUGACUUACAGGACAGCACUUAACAAUUCAGCACUGAAGGUCCUCACCUCGCAGAAUUAAAGGGGGGGAACUCGGCUGGUAAACGUGCAAUUACUGGCCACGAAUGUACUGUACAGGGUAGUGGGUCGGAGAGCGAGCGCAAGGUUUAGCCUCUGUGACGGAGAGAGAGAGAUAGAAAAAACAGCUAGACCCCAGUUUUGUUUUUCUUCCGUCCGGCCCUCUCGUCAUAGCACACAUUCAUGUAACACGUGCAGUAUGCAACUGAAGAUGACCAUCCUGCAAUAAGGUUUCCCAUCUCUUUUUCUAAACGCCUACUACGAGAUCUACUGUCCUUGCUGAAUAACCGUUUAGUUACUGAACGCUAAGAUAGCCGCUUUUCCACCUGUGUUAAGUCAGUAUAUAGAUCAGGCUGGAGCCAAUACUAAAACUACGUAAAAAGAGAAUUGUACUGUAUGCAUAACAUCUGCAGGUACUGUAUUGUAUAAUGAUUUUAAGUUCUGUACAUAAUUUUAUUGUCAAUAAUGUAUUUUUUUUCAUGGGAUUUCAGUUCUUUCCUAAUAUAAUUGAUGUCUCUUAAAGCAUUAUCCUUUUUGUCUGUGAAGUUGUUGUUUUUUUUAAGUCUUUUUUUUUAAGAGCCAACAUUUUGAAAAUAGUGUUUUUAAUUUAAUUUAAAGAGCACUAAAUUAUUUUGUGGAGUAUUAAGGGAUGUGUUCCCUUGCCUUUUGUGUUAUAUUUUAUUUGCCUAUGGAGAAAAAAAAUACUAAGUUGCAUAGACUUGAGUAACUUCAGUUAAACCCGAAAAUGUGUUCACUUUAUUUUGUCUCCGCAGACGGUAGGUGAUUUGGAGACCCUACUGCAAUUGCACAAUUUUUUCCAGGGUGAUGAUCAGGCAUGAACAUGAGAGUAUGCACCUGUAUUUCCUUCAUGUUGGUUUGGUAGUCCUCAGUUUAAAACAAGCAGGGUAAAACUGGUUUACUUUGGAAAGCAGAGGACGCUUUUAUCCUGAAAACCUGAAGGAAAAGUCAAACAACCACAAUGAAAGAAGCAGUUUGUCUCAAGAAGCCUUUCUAAAGAGUCUGAUUUAGUCCUCCCACCAGGAUGGUUGUGCAGGUACUUGUGUAUCUCCUUGCUUGUGUUUUCUUUUUCUUUUUUAUUCUACAAAUUUUAUUGUAUUUAUUCCAUUACAUUGUAAUGUGCUGCUUUGUAGAAUUGAGGCGUGCACUUUGUUGGAGAAAAUAAAGAUGAUUUUAUUUGUUUGUA